UCAUCUUUUGUUACAGAGAGAGGGCUUCUUCUUCGUCUUCUUCGUUUUCACCGGAACAUUCGACGGCCACUGGAGAUCGGAAACCGCAUCCGGAGACGAUGACCAGCACUGCUGGGAAGCUCGUCACUUCGCCCUCUGAGAUCGACCUCGAUCGCCCUAACAUCGAGGAUUACCUUCCUUCCGGAUCCUCCAUUAACAAGCCUCACGGCAAGCUCCGCCUGCGUGAUUUGCUUGACAUUUCUCCCACGCUCACUGAAGCUGCUGGUGCCAUUGUUGAUGACUCGUUCACACGAUGCUUCAAGUCGAUUCCACCAGAACCUUGGAAUUGGAAUAUAUACUUGUUUCCGCUGUGGUGCUGCGGGGUCGUCGUUAGAUAUUUUAUUCUCUUUCCCAUGAGGUGCUUAGUGUUGGCUUUCGGAUGGAUGAUAUUUCUUUCAUCGUUUAUUCCCGUGCAUUCUCUGCUGAAAGGUCAGGACAAGUUGAGGAAAAAGAUAGAGAGGUGCUUGGUGGAGAUGAUGUGCAGCUUCUUUGUUGCCUCGUGGACAGGAGUUGUCAAGUAUCAUGGCCCACGACCCAGCAUCCGGCCUGGGCAGGUGUAUGUUGCCAACCAUACUUCAAUGAUCGAUUUCAUCAUCUUAGAGCAGAUGACUGCAUUUGCUGUUAUAAUGCAGAAGCAUCCUGGUUGGGUUGGGCUGCUGCAAAGCACCAUACUAGAGAGUGUCGGAUGUAUCUGGUUCAAUCGUUCAGAGGCGAAGGAUCGUGAAAUCGUAGCAAGAAAGUUAAGGGAGCAUGUUCAAGGGGUUGAUAACAAUCCUCUUCUCAUCUUUCCUGAAGGGACAUGUGUAAAUAAUCAUUAUACUGUGAUGUUCAAAAAGGGCGCUUUUGAACUGGGAUGCACUGUUUGUCCAAUUGCAAUCAAAUACAACAAGAUAUUUGUUGAUGCCUUCUGGAACAGCCGGAAACAGUCGUUCACUAUGCACUUGCUGCAACUCAUGUCAUCGUGGGCCGUCGUGUGUGAUGUGUGGUAUUUGGAACCCCAAACUAUAAGGCCUGGAGAAACGCCGAUUGAGUUUGCAGAGAGGGUGAGAAACAUGAUAUCUGUCCGGGCAGGUCUCAGAAUGGUCCCUUGGGACGGAUACUUGAAGUAUUCCCGACCAAGCCCCAAGCACAGAGAACGCAAGCAACAGAGUUUUGCGGAGUCCAUUCUCGCUAGACUGGAGGAGGUCUGAACGUAAGAAUCUCGUCGUAAGUUUUGGAUUUUGUGGUGUGUUUUUUCUUGGGGUCCUCAGAUAGGCAAAUAAAAGCUCACAGCCUCAUACCUCUUGUGCUCAAAAUUCUGUCUUCGUUCAAUACAAUAUCGCAUUUUCCGGACAGCAAAUUUUGGGUCAAGUUUCUGACGGAACACAGUUUCUCUGAUUUGUAAGAAAGAUGCUGCUCGCGUUUUAUUUUAUGACGUGAAAUUCUCCCCUGAA